CCCGAACAUCGAAACGCGGCAAUUCUUUGACCACUAUUCUUAAUCAAAUUGUCUACAUUGUAGGAUAGGCGCGCAUACACACAUAGUAUAGAAGAGCAAGGAUACAGGAUUCUCCAUUAUGGUGAAAGACGACAAGAAACUCUCUGCAGAGGUCGAGGGCAUUCCACACGAACGCACCGGUCAGCGUCCCGAUUUCUCGUCGCCUCCCCUGAGAAAGGCUUUGCCGAAGGACUUGCAGGAUACGUUGGAUAGUGAAGAGAAGCUGUGGGCAACGCUGUACGAGGGGAAAGCGCAAGAAUCCACAGACACAUCUCUCCGCUAUGCUGCCUAUGCCUCCCGUAUCCGCACUAUAAUGCUCUCUGCCCACCGCUAUGUCGCUUACACCUCUGACAUCGGGGAAUCUUUUCGACCCGUCGCACACCCCUUCCUUGUACGGGGCGCCUACGCCGUCUCCUGGGUGUAUCUGACCGGAGAUGUUGCGUAUGAGGGGUAUAAGGCUUACUUGAGGAAUCAGCGGGUUUUGCAUCCCGAGCUGCAUGGCGGGAAGACCGUUGACGAUAGCCAGGCUCAGGCGCAGAGCGUUUGGCAAAAGGUCGUGGGGAAACUAGGCGGCGGGGAGAGCACCGCGGGAGUCGGGGUUGGAGGUAUUGGUGGGGGGGAGUCGGUACCGGAGAGAGUCCCGGCGAUAGAGGACUACAGAGCUGUGAUGGCGCAGAGGGCGGUAUUUCAGGGAUUGGCGAGUAUGGGAUUGCCGGCAUUUACGAUUCACAGUAUUGUGCGGUAUUCAGGACGCGCGAUGAAGGAUUUGAAGAAUAAGACACUGAGGACGUAUGGGCCUAUCGGGCUCGGUCUAGCAGCCGUCCCCUUCCUGCCCUACAUCUUCGACAAGCCAGUUGAAGAAGCCACCGAAUGGGUCUUCUACCAUGGUUUCAAGGCUGUUGGCGGACCGGAAGCCGUCGAAGGAAGGCCGUCGAUGGGGAAUAAGCAUCUGAGGUUUAAGGAGUCCAGAGAGGGAGCGGCGAAGGAGAAGGAGCUAUGAUGACGGAGAGGGUGGUAUCGUUAUCACUGCUGCUCAUGAUACAACGUAUACCAUGGCUUAUGAAUUGUACACAGUACUCUGUACCGUAGAUGGGUGGUAUACCAUUCAUCUCGGCUCUUCUCGUCUCUUCUCGUCUCGCUGCGCGGGCGUUCAGCAUGUAUAUAUGAGAAUCAG